AUGGACUGUUGGCCCGCGGAUAGCAGAGAGAAGCCCCAGGAAACUAUCAAGGACCAACGCAAGAGCCAGAGCAAAACCAAAGAGCGUGGUGAACCAUGGAUUUAUCCUCUUAUUGAGAGCGGAUCUUUGAGUGCGGUGACGCUGCGAGAUAGAGAGGACCGGCUAGAAUGGACAACACUCGCUGGAAAUGAUGCAGGCAUGCUUCCGCGAUUUUUGGGACUUCGACUCAUUCCCAAACGCGAAUCAAUCACAGCUUUCCCUCAGAAUCACUGGCGUUCCUCACAUCACGCUACAGCCUCUGUAUUACAGCGUGCGGAGCAAGGGGCGCGAUUCAUCCGUACAUACUACCCGGACAUUGACAUAUCAGCCGAUAUUAUUCGAGAUGAGAUCAUAGAAGAUACUCGGGCAAUGCGAGCCCUUGACAAAUUCAAUCCCUAUGUCGGUAGCAUGAUAGAAGCAUUUCCUUGUUUCUACGGGACACGCGAAAAUGCACAGUAUCUCGCCUUCCCCAUGGGCGCAACGUAUAAUGAUUUAAACAUUUCGCCUUUAUUUCUUUCCCGAGGCGAAUUUGUUGAACUUAACGCAUCUUGGAAGCCUUCCUGGACUUUCCAGACUCCUAUUGAGCAGAUUCGGACAACAGUUCCGUUAAGUCAAGAAGGUGAAGCUACGAUAGACACUAUUAUUGGGGUCAGGACGUUAGCUUCGACUAGUCUUCUCACAGUAAAGCCUACUUCCUCGCGUCCUUUUGUCAUGAAGACCACAGAGAUAGUUCAAAUUUUGCGAAUGGAUGUAGAUAACCGGCGGGUUGUGGAUAUGACUCUGCCAGCUUCAACGCGAACCCUCGCAUUAUUGGUCAACGACACGGGUGCAAUUUAUAGGUGUAGCGCUCCUUAUGGCGAUAAAUUCAUCCAGUUGCUAUAUCAUAGCCCUUCAUCUGAUGUCUUAUCCGAAAAUAGGACAUGGAAGAUCGCGCCAUGGGAUGACGAGAAUAAUUGUCUGCUUUUAUCUCCGUGGGUUGCGAAAUGCCUUGAUUUUCGGACGCAAGACGAUGGCAUAAUGUUGCACAAGCCACGGCGCCCUGGGGAAAUGCUGAUCUCUGCCGAACGUUUGAAGAAGGAUAGUAUGAUUCGUCUAGCUACUACUGAGGAAAUACUUUGGGUUGACGAGCGGAAUACUAAAAGACCGGUGUUUGGGAUAGCGCAUAGUAGAGGUGCUGAUCGCACAUUGUCUGUUCGGACACGAAUUGUUUCAAAUACACCCAUCACCUUCCUCACAUCUCAUCGUAACAGCCUCGUGACUGUAUAUGACGUUUCGCGUGGUGAUGCAAUACGCCUCAACGUUCCCGCAUACUCUGUACCACCUAUUCAAUCUUCAAACUCGGGCAAUCACGGCCAUAGUUUUCUUCAGCAUCCGCUGUAUAAAAGUGAUGGAAAUAUCAGUAUUCUGCAGCUUUCUGAAUCUGGCGCUGUCCAUAUUCUGGAUUUGCACUCAUCUGCUGACCUGUCGACCCCGUUCUCUCGAGAAGAGCGACAUGUGCCGGCCUGGUCUGAAGAGAUGCUACUGUUGCAGGAUCAAGGCAGAUCCUCAAACCUAGAUGUCGGACCUUUGGGUAUGCGUAGCUUAAGCGAAAUUAAUUUGCAAGCCGCCUAUGGCAACAUAUUCCAGCUGGACAAAUACGAAGAACUGCCUGAAGAUCCCGAGGUGGUUUACAAUUUACUGGAUAGGAUGCCAUUGUUUUGGCAAGAAUCAGACGAAUCUAUAGACAGCAUGCUAACAACAUUUGAUGUCGCAUAUCGUUCUGGUCCAGAGCCGGUCAAUGCCUCCAGAAGCGAAGUCUUCACAGAGAGUGCCCUUAACUCAGUCAGAGGUUACCGUGCCUUGAUGCAGGAUCGUAUUCCCCUCAAACAGAUGACUCAACAGGCGCCUUGGCAUAUGAAUAUUACAACAUUUUUGCGUCGCUUUAUCCCUGACAUGGACGUUUCUGCCGCAAGAAUGAUUGAUAAUCUAUGUCGCUUCGAUUUGGUAUCUGAUUCGGAGCGACCAGCCCAGUCAUUUCGUAGGGAUACUGAAGCACGCGAGCAGCUAGUCCUUGAUCUUUCACUAUCAUCGGAUAUAUUUUUCUCACGACGCGUUCAGCAACCGCAAAGCUCGAUUCUAGACGACAUGGUUGAAACAAUGUCUCGUGCAACUGAGGCCAUGUCGCUGAAGGAUUUGGAGCCCCCUCCCGUCCAAUUCGGCUUCCUGCAUUCCACAUCCAAGUCAAAUCACUACAACAAAGAUGAGCCUGUCAAUGCGGUAUCAUUAGGCGGAGGUUCAUGGCCUCUUGGUGUUCGUUUGCUAGUGAAGGAGUGGGAGGUUGGCUCGGACCCCCAAGAAUAUGUCUACGAUGACCCAUAUGAUGCUGACACCGUUACACAUGCAGCGACGAUUCAUCUUCGUAUGAAAGGAAUGCCUGUCAACCCUUCCAGCCAAGGCAUGACCCAGCCCUCGAUGCAACCGCAGCGGCCACCGACUAUCGUCCCAGCCCUCGCGUUGGCCCCGCCAGCUAUCAUCACUAGCCAGCCCUCGGCCCCGGCUCCACGACGAACGCUUGAUAUUGCCCGAUCGCAAGAAUACGUAUUCGACGAGAGUCAGCUUUUUCCUGACAGUGGUAGCCAACCUCUCCGCGAUCGUUGGGGGGUUGACGCAUCAUCGCAGCAAAUGCCUAGCACACAAGUACUUCCCGGACCUUAUGGUGGGAGACCAGGGAACACAAAAAAGAAAGUGGUGGCUAAGAAGAGGGUUGGUGGAUUCUAA